CACUGAGACACUUCGCUUUUGGAAAGAGCUGUGGUCUACACAUCCUCUUUGACAGAUACGCAGAGUGCUGGAGUGAGCUUAACGCGUUUUCACUGUUCUGAACUCACGAAACCAGAGAAAAGACAUGGCCGUCCAGCAGCAACCGGCCUCGGUGGUAAUCGUAACAACCUCCACUCAAGGCCCUGGGAGGUGGAGUACCGACCUCUGCGAUUGCUGCAGUGAUAUGACCACCUGCUGCUGCGCUCUGUGGUGUUUCCCCUGCAUGCAGUGUCAGACAGCGCAGAAGUUCGGCUGGUGCUGCUGCAUGCCAAUGCUGGACUGCUGCGGAAUAAUUUCUUCUUCACUCCGGUCCUCCAUCAGAAAGCAAUACGGCAUCCCUGGCUCGUGCAUGGGCGACUCCUGCACGGUGUGCUGGUGUUACGUGUGUGCCUGGUGUCAGAUGCAUCGGGAGCUGAGGAUCAGGCAGUGAGGAGAUAGGAUGCAACUGUUAUUUGGCUUAAAUUAGAUGUAGUCUACUGCUUUAUUAUUAUUCAUAUUUUUACAUAGAAAUGUAGUUAACACCAACUUUUAGCUGUUAGAAUUGAGCUUCUGUAUGCUGUAUACUCUUUGUAAUGCCUAGAUUUAGCUAAAGAAAGAACUCUGAUUUACCGUGGUCAAUAAAGAUUUUCUAUUUCAGUUUACAAACUGCUCUCAUAAUCUGAUUUAUCACAAGAAACAUAUAAUAUAUUUCAAAAGACCAUAGACCAAUAAUGUGUGUUUAACCAUGAUACCUGUCAGACUUUCAGAUUAGACUUUGUAUGUUGAUGUUGAGGGUUUCCAUGCAUGCAAAGUUGUAACCAAGCAAAAAUACCAAACUUAUAUUACUCAUUAAGUGAUAUUAUCUUAAUACUGUUUGUGUUAUGGACAUUUUUAAAUAAAAACCCUUGAAUAAGGACGCCUGGAUUCAAAGUA